CAAUCACCAUCCGCUCCAGUGACCUUUGCUGACAAGGUUCCUUUCGAUCUUUUUUGGAAAAAAGAUUUGGUCAACGAUGGGAAUAUCAACCUUGCGCAGUCGCCCUCUUACCGCCCUUUUUCCUUUUUUUCCUCCUUUUUAUUCUUUUCCCUGUUCUAUUUUUCCCUUGUUCUUACGUUUAUUGCUUUUGCCCUGUCACUCUCUUCAUCUUUUUUCUGUUGGAACUAUCUGUCUGGUUUUUGAUUUUCUGGCAACUUGCCUCGCAUCAUACCUGAAUUGUUACUGUUCAGAUGAUUCCUGCUAAUAUUAGCUUUCUUUCUUUCUUUUUGUUAACUUACUAUGCUUCAACACAUCCACCAAUUGAGUGUGGCUUAACCCGGGUACGGUUUCACUUUGAUUCUUCUUUUUCCACAGAUCGAAUGGUUGAAUCUCAGUUGCCGUGCAGCAAUGCCGGAUCACUUACUCCGCUUUUCCCCAGCACAUCUCUCAGUACGAUGCUCUUUGCCCAGUUUAUUAGAGCGUGCUAGGAACGCUCUCGGCAUUUUUCAAACCUUUUUAUCGGCAAAUUAGGAAGCUUGUGGCUUCAAUCGCCUGAUUUGACUCCAGCAGGAUGUUUGCAAUCCGACUGUGUUGUUAUUGAUAUUCAAUUAAUUUUGUUGCUGGUCUCCGC